AUGCCCCGGCCCGCCAGACGGUUACGCGCGCAGGCUAACGCGACCAAAGACCUCGAAGAGCUAUCCCUCGGCACGACGAUGAAGACGCACUUCCCGAACCCAGACGACAUCCUCAACUUUGAACUCACAAUCGACCCUGACGAGGGCAUGUACAAGGGCGGCCGCUUCAGGUUCGACUUCAAGAUCAACCAGAACUUUCCCCACGACCCGCCCAAGGUCAAGUGCACACAGAAGAUUUACCACCCCAACAUUGAUCUCGAGGGCAACGUAUGCCUGAACAUCCUGCGAGAGGACUGGAAGCCUGUGUUGAACCUCAACGCGGUCGUUGUCGGACUACAGUUUCUCUUCCUCGAGCCAAACGCCUCCGACCCGUUGAACAAGGAGGCUGCGGAAGACCUCAAGGCGAACCGAGAAGGCUUCAAGCGCAAUGUGCGUGCGUCACUGGGCGGCGGCUCGGUCAAGGGGCAGACGUUUGAUCGCGUUCUUAAAUGA